UUGAUUUGGUUCACUAAACACAUUCAUUUUUCCCAUGUUAUUAGUUUAUGUACUUGCUCAUCAUUGCAUGCAUAUAUGUAUGGGCAAGACUUUGUUAUUAAACAUCCUUCAUUGCAUUAGUUUGGUUCCUCAUAGCUUCAAUCACCAUACUUCAUUUUCUUUUUCCAGUUGUAGAUAAGCAAAGCAUAAUAAUAUUCAUUUCAUCAAGUAAAAGAUGAAGUUUAUGCGAAUCGGGACAAGGCCGGAUAACUUUUACACACAACAAGCCAUCAGGACGACGCUUUCAGACUUACCAAGCGACCUAACCAUAUGCGUCAACAACGUCACCUAUCUUCUCCAUAAGUUGCAGUUUCCGCUUCUUCCAAAGUGCGGUCUCUUACAAAGACUUUGCUCGGAUAGCAGUAGAUGUUGUGUGGAGCUUCAUGAUAUCCCUGGUGGUGAAGAUGCUUUUGAACUAUGCGCGAAGUUUUGCUAUGGGGUCACGAUUGAUCUCAGUGCUCAUAACUUUGUACAAGCAAUUUCGGCUGCUAAGUUCCUUCAAAUGACGGAAUCUGUUGACAAGGGCAACUUCGUCUCGAAGCUAGAGGCUUUCUUUAAUUCAUGCAUUCUUCAAGGGUGGAAAGAUUCGAUUGUCACGCUGCACACGACUGGAACAUUGCCUGAAUGGUCUGAAAAUCUUGGGAUUAUUAGAAAGUGCAUUGAUUCUAUUGUUGACAAAAUAGUCACACCACCUAGCAAGGUUAAAUGGUCCUACACUUAUACCCGAAAAGGAUAUGCGCGGAAGAAGGCUGCUUCCCCUAAGGAUUGGUGGACUGAGGAUAUAGCAAACCUGGAUAUAGACCUAUUCAGAUGCAUAAUUAAUAGUGUGAAGUCAAGUAACAUGCUGCCUCCUCAACUUAUCGGUGAAGCUUUGCAUGUUUACGCAUGUCUUUGGCUACCAAGGUCGAGUAAACUCGACCCUGAAACCUCCUCAACCGCAACUGUAAACAAAAAGAAACGACAACUGGAGACCAUCAUUAGCAUGAUUCCCGAAGAUAAAGGAUCCGUAUCGACUGGAUUCCUGUUGAGACUCCUUAGCUUAGCCAAACUCUUAAGGGUGUCUACGGUGAUGGAGGCACAACUUAUUAAGAAAUGCAGCUUGCAGUUAGAGGACGCAACGCCAAAUGAUUUGUUGAAACUUUCGUCUAUCGACUUGGUUAAGGCUGUGGUGGACAGUUUUAUGAUACGAUGGACGGGACCAAAUGAUUCGGUUACAAAGGUCGGGCAAGUUGUGGACUCUUAUCUUCAAAUAGUUGCAAGGGAUGCGAAUAUGCCGCUACACAAACUAGUGUCGCUUGCAAAAGCUUUACCUCGUCCCCAACACGACAAUCUUUACAAAGCAAUCAACAUCUAUCUAAAGGAGCAUCCUAAGACAACCAAGGAAGAGAAGAAGCAGUUGUGCAAUGUUAUCGACUGCCAGAAGUUGUCGCCAGGAGUGUGUGCUCAUGUUGUGAAAAACUCGAGGCUUCCAGUAAGAAUGGUCGUGCAGGCGCUUUUCUUCGAACAAGACGGCAAGGCAACGGCAACCCAUGAGUCUGAAAUGCAAACACAACCAUCCAACAGACAUAAAUCAAACCUACAAAUGGGAUCAGGUGAAGAGUCUAGUGGUGCUAACAACACAAGACAAAAGCUCCAAUCAGAGUCAAAGCACAAGUCAAGGAGGCAAAAAGUUGUGGAGAAUGGAAGAGAAAUCUUAAAGGAUUCUAGGAAUACAGGGACACAAGCAAGUAGAUCAGAACAUGGUCAUAAUAUUAAAGACAGAUAGAGGUAGCAAAGUUAAUUGUUUGCAUAAAACCAUUGAUUAUUUAAUAUUACAUAUCGGCGAAAGCAAAGAGUACCAU